AACUAAACAGCGCGCGGAAUUGUUGUUGUCGUUUCGCGGGAGGGAAAGUCACUGCUGCUGCGCUUAGCGAGUUAACGAAAUAGACCUUCAUUUUGUAUUAAACGCUUCAAAAUGAGUUUAUGGGUUGACAAAUACAGACCUACUUCCCUGGGGAAAUUGGAUUAUCACAAAGAACAGGCGAAUCAGCUGAAAAAUUUGGUGCAAUGCGGUGACUUUCCCCACUUGCUGGUUUACGGUCCGUCGGGGGCCGGCAAGAAAACGCGGAUCAUGUGCCUGCUGCGGGAGCUGUACGGGCCCGGGGUGGAGAAGCUGCGGAUUGAGCAUCAGUCCAUUACGGCUCCGUCAAAAAAGAAGAUUGAAAUCAACUCAAUAGCGAGCAACUACCAUCUGGAAGUGAAUGCAAGCGAUGCAGGGAACAGUGAUCGUGUGGUCAUUCAGGAGCUGAUCAAAACCGUGGCGCAGUCACAACAGAUCCAGUCCAGCACGCAGAGAGAGUUCAAAGUGGUGCUGCUGACGGAGGUGGACCGGCUGACUAAGGAUGCCCAGCAUGCAUUGCGGCGCACGAUGGAGAAGUACAUGUCCACCUGCCGGCUGAUCCUGUGCUGUAACUCCACCUCCAAGGUCAUCGGGCCGAUCAGGAGCCGGUGCCUGGCUGUGCGGGUCCCUCUGCCCAGCACGGAGGAGGUCUGCAGCGUCCUGAACAGCGUGUGCAGGAAGGAGGGGCUGCUGUUGCCGGGGGAACUGGCCAAGCGCAUCGCCGAGAAGUCGGGCCGCAACCUGCGCAAGGCGCUGCUGAUGUGUGAGGCCUGCAGGGUGCAGCAGUAUCCGUUCUCCGCCGAGCAGGAUAUUCCUGACACCGACUGGGAAGUGUACCUGAAGGAGACGGCCAACGCCAUCGUGAGCCAGCAGAGUCCACAGAGGCUUCUGGAGGUGCGGGCCCGGCUGUACGAGCUCCUGACACACUGCAUCCCCCCCGAGAUCAUCAUCAAGGGCCUGGUGGCGGAGCUGCUGAGUAACUGCGACGGGCACCUGAAGGCAGAGGUGGCCCAGGCGGCCGCGCACUACGAGCACCGCCUGCAGCUCGGCAACAAGGCCAUCUACCACCUGGAGGCCUUCGUGGCCAAGUUCAUGGCCGUCUACAAGAAGUUCAUGGAGGACGGGCUGGACGCCAUGAUGUUCUGAGCGUCCCACGGCCCCGUUUUCGGGGAGGAACUCCCCCCUGUUGUAGCGCAGGGGCCGGAAGGCCCUGUUUCUGGGAGUGCCUGGAGCGCAGCGGGCCAGCAGUGCAGCGAUCGUUGGAUAUAUGUCGACGGAACAUUGAAUUAUAUUCUCCUUAUUUCACUAUUAUUAAAAAUAACCGGUUCAUGGCACAUCAUACGGCAAUGAUGUCACUGUUGCCAAAAUGUCACAAAUGAUACAGAUGACUAAUAAAAAAAGAAAAUGAGUUGGGAAGAAAUCCCAGAAGCUGGUGUGCCCCUCCAGGAAGGAAGCCCCCCCCUGCUGUUGUAUAAUAAAGGCUAAUAAAGCUAUAAAAAUAAAGCUUCACUCAAACCCUG